AGCUCCGGACGCGCGUUACUUUCAACGAGGAUUUUGCAACCUGGAUGGAAAAAGUGAAUCGGGAAAGGUGGUGUUUUUUUUUUGUUUACCCCCCUCCCCCUAAAAAGGAUUUUAAAAAAAAAAAAAAGCUGGAAUCCAGUUCAAAGUUCACAAAGCAUCACUACCCCCUCCCCCCAAAAAGUGCAGUAGAUCGUUUUUUUUUUAAUGCAAGAUGGCGGACUUUCCCUGAACAGGCACAAUCCGAGGACUCAACAGCAGCCUACAAACAUUGCGAGACCAAGCAAUUGUCACUGUGAUACAUGAUGCUCAUGCUUUCGUCCCGAGGACUGAUGGAGCCUUGGAGGAGACUUAAAUGAAGCAUAUGCACAUAGAAAGUUCUAGAGCUCUGGCAGAAUAUCUGAACUCAUGAUAGAACUGCAAAGAUCAUAAUAUGAGGAUUGGUCACAAAAUUACUUUUGUCGUCACUAUUGUAAGUGGCUAAAUAAGGUGUUGGUAAACAAGGACUACUGUAUAUGUUUUCAUUGAUUUCAGCCACUUCUUCAGGGGCAAGCGCUGUAGAAUUCAGGGUGCAUGGAUAGUUCUUAAGAAGUUGCUGCUCCUUGCCUUUUCCUUUGGACUACAAGUUGGUGUCUUACUGAAUUGCACUAUGGCGAUGCUGCUGAGGGCCGAAAUUGGGAGAAGCCAUCCUGCAGGGCUGUAGUGCCCAAAGCCCACGACCAGAUAAGCCUCUGGAAAGCUUGAAGGGUUGAAACUUGAACUGGUGUGACUUGUUGCCUUUUCAUCGGAGGGAAAUGGCCAGCAAACGAAAAUCCACCGUGCCUUGCAUGGUCCCAGCGAGAGAGCCGGAUAUGGAUCUAGAAGCCGUAUCCGAUGCGGAGGAGGUGUUACCAGUGAUGACCUCUGCGGGAAGCGUGUCAAGCGACGAGGACUCUCGAGAAUGUGUGGAUUCAGACAGCCAGGCAAAUAAAAAAGUUGAAGGCGGCUACGAAUGCAAAUAUUGUACCUUCCAGACUCCUGAUUUAAAUAUGUUUACCUUCCACGUGGAUUCUGAGCACCCCACCGUCGUCCUGAGCUCCUCUUAUGUCUGCCUCGAAUGCAAAUUUGUUACUAAAAGGUAUGAUGCUCUUUCGGAACAUAAUACCAAAUACCAUCCAGGAGAGGAGAACUUUAAACUGAACAUGGUGAAGCGCAACAACCAAACCAUCUUCGAGCAAACGGUGAACGAUCUUACUUUUGAUGGGAGUUUUGUCCAAGAGGAGAAAACGGGAGAAGAAUCAGAGGGCUCAGAAAGCCACUUGACCGGCAUCUCCAUCAGCAAAACCCCCAUUAUGAAAAGGAUGAAGAAUAAGAACGAAACAAAGCGAAUUGUGGUUUUUCACAACGCAGCCGAGGAUGAUCCUACGGAAGAAAAAGAUGGCGACACCGAUGUGGAGUGUGAGGAAAUAGUAGAAAAAGGAGCCACUACAAGUUCAGACACCAACACAGAUAAUUCCUUAGCUGGGGAAGUGACCACCAAUGUUGUGACCCCCACCACAGUGAUUCAGCCUGCCCAGGUGAUCGCCACCCUCGCGUCUCCACCGACGUCUAAUUUAAUUUCUAAAGUCUUGAUCCCUAUUAACAGCAUCCCAGCCUAUAACACCGCUUUGGAUAACAAUCCUCUCUUGCAGAACACUUACAAUAAAUUCCCAUAUCCAACCGUAUCGGAAAUCGCGCUCCUGGCUACUCAAGCUAAAUAUACCGAGGAACAGAUCAAAAUCUGGUUCUCUGCCCAACGGUUGAAACACGGGGUGAGCUGGACCCCAGAAGAAGUAGAGGAGGCAAGAAGGAAGCAGUUUAACGGCACAGUGCACACCGUUCCUCAGACAAUUACUGUGAUUCCAGCACAUAUUUCGGCGGCUAACAACAGUCUACCUUCCAUUUUGCAGACUUGCCAAAUCGUCGGCCAACCAGGCCUCGUCCUUACGCAAGUCACAGGAACCGGCACACUUCCCGUGACCACCCCCAUCGCGUUGGCGAUGGCAGGAAUUCCAAACCCAGCCCAACUGCAGAAGGCCCAGGGCCAAGCUACGCAGCCUGUUUCCGAAACUAAGCAAGUAGCGGCUGUUCCCGCGCCCCAGCUUACGAAAUCGGAGGUGGUGGCAGCUGCCGCUACCACCAACAUUGAUAUAGUUGCCGUCCGGGCGAAGAAGACGAAGGAGCAGCUAAUGGAAUUAAAAAUCAGCUAUCUCAAAAGUCACUUUCCUCUUGAUUCGGAGAUAAUCCGGCUGAUGGAAACCACAGGAUUGACGAAAGGGGAGAUUAAAAAAUGGUUCAGCGAUACCAGGUACAAUCAGAGGAAUUCAAAGCACAAUUAUCACAAUCAUCAAAACAGUGAUUCCUGCACUAUCGUUAUCGACUCCAGCGACGAAACGAGUGAAUCUCCCGCGCUGGUCCAGCCACACCAGAAGCAGCCUUCUGCAGCCUCGGAUUUGAGCUCUCAGAAGUUCAAAGACAAGAGCGCAGAGCAACUUAAAGUCCUCCAGGACAGUCUCCACAACCACCCAGUCCUUUCUGAGGAUGAACUAAGCAGGGUAUGUUCAGAAACAAAGCUGACCAGGGAAGAGAUAGAGGCUUGGUUUGCAGAACAGAAAAAAUUGAGUGGUUCUGGGGAAGAAGGUGAGGAAAUGAAUGCAGGUCAUGCCGAGAGUCAGAAGGAAAUUGCUGCAGCGGAAACCUCUGGAGGUGAAGGCUCUGGAGCCCAGAAGACAGGGAAACAGACCAAAAAAUCCCCGGAGCAAUUGCACAUGCUCAAAAUGUCAUUUAUCCGAACUCAGUGGCCUUCCUCCGAGGAGUAUGACAAGUUGGCCAAAGAAACGGCACUUCCUCGAACGGAGAUCGUGAGUUGGUUUGGGGACACCCGCUACGCCUGGAAAAACGGUGGCUUGAAAUGGUACUACUACUAUCAAGGGAACAAUGCCAACAGUGUGAAUGGUCAGGGCCAUUCCAGGCGAAGGGGGAGGGGAAGGCCCAAGGGGAGGGGUCGGGGUCGGUCACGUGGGAGGCUGACAUCCAACAAAAGGAUCAAACUCUGGGACCAAACCCCGGUCAUCAAGUUUAAAACUGGAAAAGCAAUCCUCAAGGAUUAUUACCUGAAACACAAGUUUCUUAAUGAGCAGGAUCUUGACGAACUGGUUGCAAAAUCACACAUGGGCUACGAACAGGUCAGGGAAUGGUUUGGAGACAAGCAGAGGCGAGCCGAACUUGGCCUUGAGUUGUUUGAUGAAGAAGACGAAGAAGAGAUGCUAGAUGAGCAGGAGGAGGAAGAGGAGGAGGAAGAGGAGGAAGAAACAGAUGACAGUGACAACUGGGAGCCCCCACGGCACGUUAGGCGUAGGUUGUCAAAAUCGGACUGACUUGGACAUCCUUGGGCUUGUCGGGACCCAACCUUGCCACGUGAUUGGCCUCGCCAAACGAUUGGUGACCUACUUCUAGCAAACUGUCUACUUUGAGUUUGCUCCGCGUUGAAGGCGGAAUUGACUCUUGCAUCCAAUGCAAACUUGUUCCUUGUGUGGAGCAGAAAUGGAAAAACCAAAUCUGGAACUUGGAUCUCCCAAGUGUCCAGAAAGUUAGCCAUUAUCCAUAUCUGCUGAUAGGGGCACUUUGAAGGGUCUAUGUGCUCAAUUGCCUUAUGUUUGCUUCCAAAAAUCCUGUCAGGAAAGAGGUUCAUUUUUAAGAAAGUGACAACCCCUCUGGGUUGAAAGAACUGUCACUAAAUGAAAAACAAAAAAGUGCUCAUGGUGUCCCUAUUGCUAAACUGCAUGUCGGUUUUCUUCCCUUCAAACACAAGAAAGCCUUCGUAAGAAACUUCAGGUACCUGAAAAGAUGUCCCACAGAAGAGAAUCGAGAUUUGUUGGCUAUCUUCCCAGCAUGCAAGAUAUUAAAUCAUGGAUUUCAGUUACAGGAAGACAGAUUCUGGUAGAAGGUUGAGGGAGAUAAAAGAUAAGAGCAGUUCAUCAUUUCUCCAGAGAAGUGAUGGGCAUGUUGAGACUUGAGACUAAACCGCCAUUGGUUGGACAUGCACUGAUUUGGAUUCCUACCCUGAGGAGGUGGCUGGCCACAGUGACCCUUUGGCUCUCUGCGUCUAGAAAAAUAAAAUGAUUUGGGGAGAAAGGCUACCAAAAGUGGGAAACCAGGGAAGGGUGGCAGUCGCUAGAAGUUUUUGAGGUUUUUUUUUUAAGGAAAUUAGAGAAAAGGACUAUCUUUGUUACAUAGCCUGUGUACUAGGUUUACAGAACUCCUGCUGAAUGUGUCUCUCUAGCUGUGUUCAGGGAAUUGGGGUCUGAAGUAUGUUUUUAUAUUAAAACUAAUCCGUGUAUAUCAUAUUUAAACACUAGAAUCAAUUAAUGCAGCCAAUACCAAAAA